AUGUACCACCCAACCAAAAUUCUUUCCAGAAAACCAUCACUUAUGGCUCGUCCAACCAUUCACAUUACUCCUGAGGCAAAAUUAACUGCUGCUUGUGAAAAGUGCCGGUGCUAUUAUGCUAACCACAGAGAACUUUGUAGCCCUAAGCAUGACAUGAAGGAAUCACAAAAUUUAUUGAAAGCUAUAUCCAAAGUGUUGCAUGGCUCUGCCAGUGAUGAAGACUCUGAGUCUGAAUCUGAUAAUGAGAAUUCUGAGUCCAAGUCUGACACAGACAUCAACCUAUUCAAUCUUAUGCAAUGUUUGUUUGCUCUCAAGAUUAUCAAGGACAAGAUGUUAAUGGUAACAGAUGAUCCUUGUACCUUUGUCCAAGGUGUCUUUGCCGAGUACAUUAAGACCCUGGAUGACAGCAUUAAAGGUGAUGUCACGAUCCUCAAAAAAGCAAUGGCUAUAAUUGAAGGCUUGCUCAACCACGUAAUUUCCAUCCAGGAUCAGAUUCUAUGUUUCUGUGGAAUCACAUAUGACAAGUGGCAAGCCACUGACUUGGCAUCCUGUUUCCUGAGGACUAUUCUUGCAUACCUAGAGAAUAUCUUAGGUCUUCUGACAUUUGAUGGAGCUGGGAACCUUGCAGUGGCUCACUCCAUGGGAGAACUUAUUCUGUGCUAUGGCAGUAGGAUAAUGAGUUCAGGCUCUGAUGCCGUAGUAUUGCAAAACCUUAUUUCCAUUAUUUCAGUCAAAAACCCAUGUUACAACAAAAAACAGACCAAUCAUAUGGCAGGAACAGAAUGGGUGACUGCUGAGCAAAAGGCAUAUUUGCAAGGCUCGUAUAAUGAUUUCCUGAAAGCACAGGCUCAAGGGACUGUGUUGGCCUUCUGGCCAGGGGUUUAUCUCACUUGGUUUUAA